AAUAACAUAGAAAUUUACAUUAUUUCAUAACGUGACAAUAUUAGGGUAUUGUUUGGUAUAUAUUCUUAGCCUAUAUUAAAAGCAAAAAUGGCUACAAGCAGCACUAAAUGAACACUGCAACAGUAUUGAUAAUUCAACACAACAGUUUGAAUUUACUUGGAAAUUGAAAUGACUAUUUUAUAUCAUAAAUCAGAUGAUUAUUUGACAAAUUAUUUUUUCAAAAUAUGAAUACAUGUACAAAUGAUUGUCUAAUAUUUAAGUCACCUGAGUCACUCAGAUGACCAAUUGCAAUUGAUAUAAUAUGUCUGUCGUGUGUUAACAAUUGAACAUUUUUAACUUCUUCUUUAAAACUAACUGCUUAAUUCUUUUUAAAGUUUGUUAAAUGCAUCUUAGGUGUUAGAGGAACAAAAAAUGUAAAUUUCAUAACUAUUGUCCCAUAACGGUCCUAGGGGCAGGGCAACAAUGGUAAUGAAAAUAUUCUUCUGUACAAAAGCCCUUUACCAAAAUUGUAAAUGUCAUGUCUCCUGGGGUUUGACUCUAGGGCGAGGCCAAAAUGCUUGGUGACUGUUACAUGUAAGAUCAGUUGUCCUCUUACUGCAAGUAAGCUUCACAUUUCAUUUAUAUUCACAAAGAAAUAGUUGCAAAAUGUAUGAUAUGUAAUUAUGAUGCAAUAUUGUGAAAAUUGCAGAUGCUGAAAAUAAAAGACAUUAAAGACAAAGAAGUGAAAGAUCUCAUUCUGCCACCAUCCCCUUCAGUGCGAGGGGUAGUGCUUGAAGUCAGUGACAUUGAAAAAGCAGAAAAUUCACAAUACAAAGAUAAAUUCUAUGCAAUUAUUGCUGAUGAAACCGCAGCGAUAUCAGUAACAAUCUAUGAUGUACAGAAACAAAACAAAUUUAUUAAGGGAAUGGCUGUAGUUCUGAUGAACAUUCUUACGAAGCAAAAUUUUAUAGCUGUUACAAGCAAAACAGAUGUAGGCAUUUGCAGACCAUUUACUAUUCCUGAUGAUAUCAGGCUUCAUGCUCCAACCCUUGCUGGACAAACAAUGACCUUAAAGAAUGCACUUGCUUCACCUGUAAAAACGCUGCUUACCGUAAAGGGAAAAGUUGUUAAGCUGUCACCAGCAAGCAAGAAAAGGGUAGAACAAAACGAGGUAGAUUUCCAAGAGGUCAUGUUGAAAGAUACAGACAGUCACGCAACAGUUGCAGUGUGGGACAAGAUGGUGAAUACACUACAAAAGGGAGAAUGUGUGACCAUUACAAAGUGCAGGGUCCGUUUGUUUAAUGAGCAGAAACGCCUUACCACUACAAGAUCAUCCCAAUGUGAGAAACUUGCAUAUGAUGAAACUCUUCUGCUGGUGUCUGACGAUGAAGAUGAUGAUGUGGACAAUAAUGGAAAUUGGAGUAACACCCCCAUUUCUGAUUUCAAGAGUGGAACCAUCACCGCAGUGUUCGAUGUCGAUCCAUACCUAGCGUGUCCCACUACAUCAUGCAAUAACACGAAACUUGCCCCAGCUGAAUCCAUCCAAUGCAUGAAAUGCAAAAACUGCGGGAGAAACUAUGGGGAGAGCGCUUGCAAUAACUACAUACGUGCUACUGUUAUGAUUGAAGUAGAAGAUUCUAACAAACCUCCCCAGAAAGUAGCAAUAUUUAAGCCUCAGAUUGAAAAGCUGUUCACUUCAAGGGGUUUCACACUUCCUUCCAGCAAUGACCAAACUGAGCUUCUCCUCAAAUUCUUUGAAAUAAUUCCAGUUGACAUCAAGUUUCACAUGAUAAAUAACACUAUCAAACAAUUAACCUGCAAAAGAGUUGCAUAAACAUUCAACUGCACUGCAACUGCUGUAACAAGUAUCAAACUUGUUCAGUGACUUGCACAGUUCUUUUUUUAUUUGAUCGAUUUUAUACCAGUAUGGCGAGUAUGCACUUGGAAGAGUAUCAUUAUUGUUUUGUUUAUUGUUGACAAACUUGCGAAAGAGUUGCAUAAACAUUCAACUGCACUGCAACUGCUGUAACAAGUAUCAAAUUUGUUCAGUGACUUGCACAGUUCUUUUUUUAUAUUCAGUUGAUAUUAUACCACUAUGAACUUUGGAAAAAUAUCAUUAUUGUUUUGUUUUUUGUUCACAAACACGCAAAAGAGUUGUAUCAACAUUCAACCGGAUUACAAUUGAUAUACAUGUACUGAGUGUACUUUUUUUUUCAGUGUAGUAAUCGCUGUUUAUUAUCUAAUAUGAUUGAUAUGCAAACUAUAACAAAUGUUUUUUUUUCUUAUUGUGUGUAGUUCACAAUCAAGUUUUUAAGUUUUCUUAAUAAAGUACAAUUAGUUUUAUUUAAUUUUUUUCCUCUAUUAUGCAGUAUAAUAUCAUUAUCAGGAGAUAUUGAAAUGAAUAGCAACAUGAAAGAAGUCUGUUC